CCUUACUUUUAAUAUUUAAUUUAUUUUUUCAAAAUGAAAGGUACAGAUCGUUCUUGUCGCCAUCAGACUGACUAAAAAAGACUUUCCCUUUCCUUUUAACCAAAAAUUCUCCAAAACCCAAACCUCUAAAUUUCCCAUUUUUCUUUGAUUCAUGCUUAUUAAUAGGGUUUUUUUUUUUUGAGCGUAAAGUAUUGAAUUCCAACUGGGUUUUUGAUAAAUUUUGAAGCUUUUAGGGUUUGUUUGAGGUUAUUGUUAAUUUUGGAAGAUCAAAAUUGUUUGUUUUGAGAAAUGGGAAGUAGGAAAGAAGAAGAAAAGAACGAGAGGAUAAUAAGAGGUCUCAUGAAACUGCCUCCUAAUCGUCGCUGUAUUAACUGUAACAGCUUGGCUCCUCAGUAUGUUUGCACAAAUUUUUGGACUUUCGUUUGCAUGGCUUGCAGUGGGAUCCAUCGUGAGUUUACUCAUCGUGUAAAGUAUGUAUCAAUGUCAAAGUUCACUUUACAGGAAGUUGAAGCUCUUCAAAAUGGUGGUAAUCAGCGUGCAAGAGAUAUAUAUCUUAAGGAUUGGGACCUGCAGAGGCAAAGAUUGCCUGACAGCAGCAAUGCUGAUAAAAUCCGAGAGUUUAUAAAGAAUGUGUAUGUGGACAGAAAAUACGCCGGAGGAAAAACAUCUGACAAGCCUCCAAGAGACAUGCAGAGCCCUAGAAAUCAUGAAGAUGACGUAAGACGUGCCAGUUCUUAUCAUUCUUAUUCUCAAAGUCCACCUUAUGACUAUCAAUAUGAAGAUCGGCGUUAUGGAAAACAAGUUGCUGCUGCGCUUUCUAGGAAGCCUGGUUCGGAUAGAGGCCAUUAUGUGGGGAAGGUUUCUAGUUUUGUCUACAGUCCUGGUCGCUUAAGUGAUCAAAUGUUUGAGGACAGGUUUGCAAAUGAGGGUUCCAUUCCUAGAGUUUCAGACUACUCUGUAUCCAGUGGAGGCGAUCCAUUCAAAUCUGGUACAGGGUCUCCAAAUUUUCAUAGGGACAUUGGAUUUGGCAGCCCAACUUCUCAACCUCAAAGAGAUGUCUUAAGUGAAGAUACACAACAUCAAACAAGUAAUUUAUUUGUGGAUCCAAGUUCCAAGAAAGAUGCUGAAGGGAUUCCACACCCACAGAGAACUAAAUCCAUGGGUAGUUUUGGAUCAUUUGAUAGCAAUUCCAUGUCUAUCAAGUCAUAUAACUCAGGAAUUGGACUGGAUGUUGUCUCUGAACCUGAAGAAACUGCUGGGUCCUGUCAUGAUAAAGCAUCUACUUUAGCCCCACCAUCUCUUCCUGUGAAUUAUGGUGGUCUAGAUCUCUUUAAUGUACCUGAGGCUUCUAGCGCUCCACCUAUAGAUUUGUUUCAGUUGCCUGCAACCUCAUCGGUUUCAUCUGAAAAUAUAUUUCAACCUGCAGCAGCAUCUUCGAUGCUGCCUGGGAAUUUGUAUCAACCUUCCCCAUCUACUCCAUCUAUAGACUUAUUUUCCGGGAUUGCUGAGCAGCUCCCAGCUGCAAGUUUUGAUGGAAAAUCACCAGAGUUAUCUAUAUCUAAAAAUGAAGGAUGGGCAACGUUUGAUACUCCUCAGCAUGCAGCAUCUGGUCCAGUAACCAAACAUCUUUCACCUGCUGUAAUGCCCAGUGAUGGAGAUUUGGCAGUGAAGUUUGACCAAUUGUCAUCCUUAAACACAACCAUGCAGUGGCCAGUGUUUGAAGAUUCUAGUGUUCUCAGGGCUACUACAGCAAUGUCUAGUCAAUGGCCAGAGGGCUUGCAUGAUGGUCAAGCCUCCACCGCUGCAACUGGCACUCAGUCAUGGAAUGCUUUUAAUGAUUCUGCUGAAUCACUUUCUCUGGAACCACAAGUAGUAGUGUACAAUCAUUUGGCCACCACUGAACAACAUUUGGGCUUGGGAGUUUCAAAGAACCAUGAUAAUGAUGGCAUCCAAACAGUUGCCUCCUAUACUGGUUUCCCUGCUACUCUAGCAGCAGAGGAUGGUGUAGCACCAUCAUAUGAUCCACUGGUGAAUCCACUUUUGGGAGUAAAAGAGUCGCAAGCUGCCGAUUGUAAAUCAACCAACCCAUUUGAUCUUCCUUAUGAUUCUGAAUUGGAACAAAAUGAUCUGUUCUUGGAUAUGAGUUCAUUACAAACUGCACUUCCAAAUGCUCACUUGCCAUCCACCUUUCUUGGUGGUGUACAACCAUGGUUUCCUCAGAAUCCAGUGACUCCGUAUAUCCCAGCAACACCACAAGGUGGCUUAGCAUACAUGUCUGGCCAAGCACCAAGUUCUCAAAUACCGAAUGUCCCAGCCCAAGGGCCUGUUGCUUCCAUUGGAAGAAAUCCUUUUGCAUAGAAUUGCACUGGCAAAAGUAGCAUUUUAGUACUUUUUCAGACCGUGGUAGUUUCCUGGAGCCAAAAUGCAAGCCAAUCUCUCUGGUACAUAAGAAUUAAAUCUACUGUGAAGUCAUCACGAUUUUUUCUUUGCGAAAAAUAAUACAUUGCCCAGUCGGAAAAUUCUUUGUAGUGUUCUAUGUCUUUCAGGCCGCUUGAUUGUAUGAGUUAUGUUAGAAGCAGUGAUGCACCAAGGAAAGCGGCAGGGGAGAAAGGUUUUUUAUGGUUCCCAGGGUGUCAAAGAUUUAAAUGUAUUGUAAUUUGGCAGGUUCAUAGGAUCUUUCUAAGUUAUUCUUGUUUGCAGCAGCUUUUCUAAUUCUAUUGCAUUGUUACAAAAUAUGGAGAGAUCUCCGGAUAUCUUGAACUAGUUUUCUCUAAGGUUAUUUGCCUUCAAUUUGUGUUGCUUUUUUCAGCUUAUUCAAUUCUUGA